AGAUUAGAUUAGUGCAAAAAACAUUGAACGGAGCAGAAACACCCAACCCAACAGUGACUCCACCCUCCUCGAUUGUCUAGAGGCUACGUCAUAAGGUCUUCUUGAAACCGAGGCCUAUUGUCGGAAACUUGACCUCAUAAACCAUUUGACACUGACUUGUUUACAUCAAGGACAACUGACAUAUUUAUAUUUAUAAAUAUACAUGUAACAAUGAUCAAAUGCAAGAAGUGUAGUAAAAGUUUUAGCUCUUCAUUUUGCGCCACCAUUCAUCAAAGAUUGCACUCUGACAGCUCGAAUGAAGAGUUGUAUAAUUGUGGCCUAAGUCACUGUGAUCGAAGGUUCAGGAAAUACUCAAACUACAUAGCUCACAGGAAGCUGCAUAAACCGAGAUUGCAUAAUCAAGCAGAUACUGAAAAGUCAAAAAGUUCUAUUAUAAAUGUACCGUUCCAUCGCAAAGGGAAAAGAAAAUUGGACAAUAGCAAAGUUUUUAGGCCAGGGGAAGUUCAUACAUUGGAUCAUUCAAGGACAAUUUCCAAAGCGAAAAUUACAAUAAACACAGUCAAGCCAAAAUCUGAUGGUGAAAGUAUUUCUGUCAUAACCCCUGAUGAAAAUGAUGGUAACAAAUUAGACAAAAUAAGAAUUAUACAUGAUGAUGUUAAAACAAAGUGCAGCGCAAGAAAAUCUAUUGAAGAUAUUGAUAAAACUGGCCAAGAAAUUGGGAAGUAUAAUAUUGGAUGCAAUUGUGAUGAUAAUGAAAUAACAAUGCUAGAGAUGGGUUAUAAUGAAUUUAAUCACAAAACAGACAGUGGAUCUUCAGGCCAUACCUCACCUUGCUCCAGUAUACAAAAGGGAAGGGUAGAUUCCCAUAGCUCUGCUACAAAAUUUUCAAGUUGUGAUAAAUCAGUUGCACUUCUGUUUGGUUGUAACUUCUGUCAGGCAAUGUUUGUAACAGAGAAGCUGUUGUUUGAUCAUCAGUUGGUCCAUAGAGAUGUAGAAGAUGAUUCUCCAGUCGUUGGUAGUAUUAUCGAUGUAAGCAAAUUUGCAAAUUAUUCUGCAAGGACCCAUAGCAGUAAAGAUAAUUUUCGGUUUGGGCAGAAGUCUUUCUGUUGUAACUGUCAGAGCAUGAAAUCAGUGAAUCAAAGUCUGAGCCAACCACAAAAACAAGGAUGCGCAGAAGUUGGGCCAAAAAGUCUUAGAACUUGCGGAAAUUCAAUCAAUAAUGGUAAUGAUACAGGUUUCAGAAUUGUUUCAACAUAUUCAUUACAAGAAGACAAAAAUGAAAUUGGAAACACCCAGAUUCAUGACAGAAAAGGAACAGGGUUUAGUAAGCAUAUAGAUUUAGAAAAUGAGAGUGCUACUGCCUCACAGAUUGGCAGAGGUAUGGUUAAGAAUGCAGACGAGUUAAAGCUAGACUCGCCAAAAAAGAUUUGUAAAGGUACAACUGAAGAUUUCAUUGAAGAGGAAUUUGCAGCUAAUGCACAAGAGAGCAUUUGUGUUUCAAAAUAUAGCAAACAGGCAACUGGAAAUAAAACUGUUCUAAUACAAGAUAAGAUUGUACCAGUAAAUAAAACAUUGAUGGAUAACAAGAUUUUAAGAGAACAGGUGUUUGCUAAUGUGGAAGAUCGGCUUCCCACAUGUCCGUCUUCUAGUCUUGAUAUAAUUUCAAAAGAAUCUGACAUAAAUGUGACUGUUGGAAAAAAUAGUGGAUCGUCAGAAAGAGAACUUUAUUCUAUAACUUCUGUUCCUUUUAGAGGUACCAUGCAAGAUAUUUUUCGGAAGAAAGGAGAAAGGUUUGAUCAACAAAAAGAUGUUCAACGGAUAGAGUUUGAGAGACCAACAAUGGUACAUGGAAUAGUUGACACAGAGGGAAAAGUACAAAAUAAUAAAAAUGGAAUUAGAAAUAAUGGUAGAGUUUUUGACAAACUAUAUGACAAAGCUGUUAGACAAGAUGCCUCAGUUGUAGAACAGCAAAAUGAAAUAAAGUCUGCAUUGAAUGGAACCUUUGGCAGAAUUAAACAUGUGAAAAUUCUACCUAAAAAAAUGACCAGUGGAAACAUAAUAGUUCCAUUGAUUUCAGGAGACACAAAACCACAACAAGAUGACAACAGAGCCAAUAAUAUUGCACUUCCUUCAUACAUUUUAGGUGAGAAUAGUACAUUCAGACCUUUCAAAUGUGAAUUAUGUUCACAUACUUUCACACGAGAAUGGAAUUUGAAGAACCAUAUGAGAACACACACAGGAGAGCGGCCAUUCUCUUGUCACUUGUGUUUCAAGGGCUUCAUAAUGAAGCACCAUUUGAAAAGACAUCUUUUGACUCAUGCAAAAUGUAUUGUGUCACCAAAAAGCAAUGUUGAAGACAACUCUGGAUCUGAUAAUCAAAACAUAACUUCCAGUACAUUGAGUUAGUUUUUAAGUGCAUUUAAACACACUGUUUCAAAGAAUAGCAUGGAAAUUAAUUUUAUAGUUUUACAAAAGUUGAGCAGGAUAAAACUUCUCAAAUUGCUAAUUCAGUACAUAUCCUCUCUGUUUUUAUUAUGCAGUAGAAUCAUUAUUUCUUCCUUUACAAGACAUUUUCCAAAGUUACAGCCAAUACUUUUUUACCAGCCACAACCUUAUGCCUUGUGAGUACUCCUGCAUGUAGAAUUCAAAUUUUCUAAACCAUAUGCUGAAACCUACCAUUGCAGACAAAGCAAACCUCUUAGGUAUUUUCUACUUCUGAGAAAUUUAAAUUUCCUACACCCGUUCAUUCAUUCUGAUCUGAAAUGAUAGAAACACAAAACCUUCAUGAAUGCAGAUGCAGAAUAGGAGCUUACGCCUUGAUGUUGGCAUAAGCCAUAUUUUGAGAUUUUUAUGUCCCUUUUUCAAUUUUAUGCUCUUUAAGUGCCCUGUUAGUUAUAAAAGUUCUUGUCAAAGAGCUAUGCAACCCAACAAACAUAUUAUGUCUUUUGCAUUCAAACUCUUAGAAUUGUCUGUUCUCACUUUUUCCGAUCAGCGCCCCAAAGCCUGAAUUUUCCCUAGUGUCAUUGUUUGUUGGAAGGUUGAAUGGCCAAAAAUCGCAGACAAUAAAUCUCAUCUCUCUCUCUCUCUCUCUCUCUCUCUCUCUCUCU